AUGGAGCUAGAGGACAUACCGUGGCCAGGAGAGCUCGAGGAGGAGGAGGAGGCGGUGGAGAACUUGGACGAGUACGACGUGGUGAUGGCGGAGGAGAUGGAGGAAGAGGAGGGGCGGAAGCCGGACGCGGAUUUUAACUACGAGAGCCAGCGUCGGGAGAGUACGGACGACGAGGAGGAUGAGGAGGCCAAGGCCUGGCUGCAGGCGCACCCCGGCCGGACUUUGCCUCAGCCGUCGCUCCCGAGGCACCGCUGCUCGGAGGGCGAGCUGACUAGCCUGGGGAAGAGAACAGAAUCUUGGCAUUAUCUUCCUCAAGAAAUGGACUCUUCCCACACCUUGGAUACAACCCAGACCAGGUUUAAUGUGAGAGAGAAAGGGACUGAAGUGACAGACUUCCCCUCUCUGGAGGAAGGUAUAUUGACCCAAUCAGAAAAUCAAGUAAAGGAGUCGAACAGAGAUCUCUUAUGUUCUCCAUUGCUAGUCAUACAAGACAAUUUCGCUUCUCCUGAUUUGCCUUUGCUGACAUGUUUGACAAAAGAUCAAGAGUUUGGGCCUGAUUCCUUGUUUCACCAAAGUGAACUAGAUUUUGCUCCUCUGAGGGGAAUUCCUGGUAAGUCUGAAGACACUGAAUGGUUUUCUCGACCGUCGGAAGUUAGUGAAGCUUUAUUCCAGGCAGCCUCAGAAGUAGCUUCAAACUUAGUUAACAGUUGCUUUAGAGUAUCUCAGCACCCACUUAUAGGUAGUACAGCUAUUGACUCUCAGCGCUCUUUAUUAACUCUUGAACAAGGGACUAAAGAAGAGAUUGUUUCACCUGAUACACUUGAGGAUCUGAAAACCCCCAAAGACUCUGAUAGUUAUGAUGCUCUUUAUUCAUAUAUGUCAUGGAAGACACAAGAAGUUAUACAGGAGCCAGAAACCAAUUUAGCUGAUAAAGAUCAAGUUUCUUUUUCAACUGCAUCUGAUACAAGUGAUGAAUACAUAACUCCUAAAGGAAGUGACAGUUUUGAUGCUUCUUGUUCAUAUGUGCAAUAUGGGAAACAGGAAGCUUUACAACAGUUAGAAAAAUAUUUAACCAGUAAGGACCGUGAUUCUUAUUCGGAUUCAUCUGACACAAUUGAUAAAAAUAAAAUUCAUAAGGAAAGUGACAAUUUUAGUGCCCCUUUUUCAGAUAUGCCAUGGAGCAAACAGGGAGCUUCACACCAUCCAGAAAUAUGUCUAAUCAGUAAGGACUGUGUUUCUUUUCCACAUGAAGUUGCUCCUCGCUUUUAUAGUAAAAUGCCACAUUGUUUUUUGCAUUGUUUGUUGGAAAGAGGAGGAAGAGAGGUUCCCUUGACAGCUGAUAGUCAUUAUUUUGAGAGUGUUUAUUUAAGGGCUCCUGCUGAGAAUGAGAUGAAACAAAAGAUGGAUUCUUUGGAGGGUUAUAAAGGAAUUGAAGAAGAUCUGGGGAAAGAAUUAUCUCAAUGUUUUGAACUAAAGGAGAAUAGAAAUACUUUAGUAUUAUCAGAGGUGCAUCCCAGAUCUUCAGAAAUACAAUAUAUUGAGAAUGUUGUAGUUACUGAUAAUCCUGUAGAAGUGUCAGAAGCACAUAUACUCUCCACGGGGCAUGAUACCUCUAAGAUGGAGGUUUUUGGUGGUCCUCUUCAGACUAUUAAAUCCAACUCAGAUGAGACAUCAGAACAGCUGUGUUUUCAAGAAGAAGGAAACCAAAAGCCACCUUCUGCUUUUGGUGGGAAAAAUGUUGAUGCUACUGAAAAUGUAGCCUUUCAGGCAGUUAUUGCCUCUAUUGAACCUUCUGAGAAAGAGAGUACAGUAAAUGAAAUCCAAACUGACAUCAAUAAAUCUUUAACAAAUGACAGCCAAGAAAAUGAACCAAAAAAUCCAGAUCUUUCCCUAUUAAAUUAUCCUGAAAACUUUUUCUUUGAUAAACUUAAUCACCCACACUAUCAAUCUACUCCUGGGGUGUUUGAAUCAGCAGCUUCAAAACCAUUGUUGUAUAAAAAAGAUGAUGGUGAUAGCUCCCUGUACUGGCAUCCUAAUAUAAAAUCACUCCCCAGUGCUCCUCAGGAAAUAUUCAUUAAGCCACUUUCUCUUAGUCCAGAGCUUAAGUCGUCAUCUUCUUUAAGUGAAAAAUCUCUCAGACAGGCUGUUGGUCUUGGCAAGACACAGUCAGCUUUAUUUCAGUAUGAUACAGACAAUGAACCAUUUCUUCCCAUUGGGAAGAUAAAGUCUGUUUCUGCUCUUGACCUUGCAGAGAAGUUAGGAUCUUCAAACAUUAUUUAUCCAAUGAAAGUAUGGACUUCAGAUUCUUUGGUUUUACAAGAUUUAAAGCAGCACACCUUUGAAGAAGUUGCAGAUUCCUCAAACUGUAUUUUGGGUAAGAAUGGAAACUCUAGUAACGUCAUUGAAGGUCCAUCUGCAGCUGUAGGAAGCAGCUUUUCAGCAAACUUGGUGGCAUGUAAUGCAAAGUCACAAGGUACUUUGCCAGUGAUCAGUGAUGCAUCAUUAAUUGCAGUUGGCCAAGAGACAUUGCUGAAAGCUGAUAUAGACCAAGGUGAAAUUCCUUGGCCUGUGGGAGCCAAGUCCAGUUUUACUGUCUAUACAAUUAUGCAAAAUGACUCCUAUUUUGUAGAGGGCCUGCAGGGGAAGGCUGAAUCUGACAUCUAUACUCUGGAUGAUGAUACUGAAUGCUGUAGCCUAGAUGAAAAUGAUGUUGUAUGCAGGAAAAGAGUUGUUGAACUACAAAGAGAGAUAUGUGACCAAGGUGACUUGACUGGUGAGUGCAUUAAGCUAGCAGGUUUAGAAAAUUUGCUUGAUGAUCUAGAGAUUUGUGACAGCUCCCUGCACUGGCAGUCUACUGUACAGCUACCAUCUAAGGAAGAGAGCAGUUUUGAAGAGCCUGUAUGUCUUUCUAAUAUGGACAUUAAUCAGUCUUUUGCAUCUGUAUUGCCUCCAUCUGUUCCUCAUGAGCCAACUAGAGAGUUGGAGUAUCACUCUUCAGAUCUCAGAAUGUUGAGGGUAUCUCCUGACACUGUGCCAGGGACUUUCAAACAUUCAACAGGGGAUACGUCCAAAGGAGACAUAGCUGAAAUUCCUCAAUCCACCUUGAAACCAGGCAUCACUACCACUCCUGAAGAUUCAGACACUGUAUCUCAUUUAUCCUUGUCCCCUGAGGACUUUUCUCAGUUGGCUGGAAGGUCUCCUCAAGUGAAGAAUAUUGGUCAACAUACUGAUACUCUCAACCAACAGACAUUAGCAGACAGUCGUCUAACUGAAGAGGCUCUAAAAGUUUCAGCUGUUCCUGGGCUAGCUGACCAGAAGACUGAGAUAGCAACAGUGCCCCCUAGUUCCUACUCACAAAGAGGGAAGCCAAAUAUUUUCUACCUACAGGGCUUGCCAGAUGGUUAUCUAACUGAAGAGGCUCUAAAAGUUGCAGCUGUUCCUGGACUUGGUGACCAGAAGACAAGUAUAUCUACAGUCCCUCCAAGUUUCUACUCACUUGGAGAGAAGCACAGUAUUUUCUACCCACAGGCAUUGCCAGACGGUCAUCAAACUGAAGAGGGUCUGAAUGUUUCAGUUCUUCUUGGACUAGCUGAUCUAAAGACUGGAAAACCAACAGUACCGGCUAGUUCCUACUCAGUUGGAGAGGAGCCUGGUAUUUUCUACCAACAGGCCUUGCCAGGCAGUCAUCUACCAGAAGAGGCUCUGAAAGUUUCACCUUCUCCUAGACCAGUUGAUGAAAAGACUGGGUUGCCUACUGCAUCCUCUACCUCUUACUCACAUGGAGAGAAGCCUCGUAUUUUCUAUCAACAGACAUUGCCAGAAAGUCAUCUAACUGAACAGGCGCUGAAAGUUUCAGCUGCUUCUGGACCCCCUGUACAGAAGACUGAGAUUCCCGUAGUAACUUCUACUUCUUACUCACAUAGAGAGCAGCUCAGUAUUUUGUGUCAGCAAGAAUUGCCAGACAGUCAUCUAACUGAACAGGCUCAGAAAGUUUCAGUUGCUCCUGGAUUGGCUGAGCAGAAGACUUGGCUUCCUACUGUACCCUUUAUAUCUUACUCACAUAGAGAGAAGCCCAGUAUUUUCUACCAGCAAGAGUUGCCAGACAGUCAUGUAAUUCAAGAGGUUCAACAAGUUUCAGCUGCUCUUGGAUUGGCUGAGCGGAAGACUGGGAUUCCUACCAUACCCUCUACUUCCUAUUCACAUAGAGAGGAACCUCUUAUUUUCUACCAACAAGAGUUGCCAGACAGUUGUCUAACUGAACAGGCUGAGCAAGUUUCAGCUGCUCCUGGAUUGGCUGAGCAGAAGACUGGGAUAUCGACAGUACCCUCUACUUCUUACUCACAUAGAGAAAAGCCCAGUAUUUUGUACCAGCAAGAGUUGCCAGACAGUCAUCUAACUGAACAAGCUCAGAAAGUUUCACCUGCUCCUGGAACCCCUGAGCAGAAAACUGGGAUUCCUAUAGUAACUUCUACUUCUUACUCACAUAGAGAGAAGCCCAGUAUUUUCUACCAACAGGACUUGCCAGAUAGUCAUCUAACUAAAAAGGCUCAGAAGGUUCCAGCUCUUCCAGGACUAGCUCUCCAGAAGAGUGGGACACCAAUAGCACCCCCUGCUUUCUACUCACAUAGAGGGAAGACCAGUGUAAUCUAUCAGCAGGAGUUGCCAGACAGUCAUCUAAGUGAUCAGACUCAGAAAAUUUCAGCUAUUCCUGGACUAGUUGACCAGAACACUGGGAUACAGACAGUACCCUCUAGUUCCUACUUGCAGAGGGAGAAGCCCAUUAUUUUUUACUGGCAGGAGCUGCCAGACAGUCUUCUAACUGAAGAGGCUGUAAAAGUUUCAGCUUUUCCUAGAACAGCUGACCAGAACACUGAGAUACCAACAGGGUCGUCUAGGUCCUACUCAUUUGGAGAGAAGCCAGGUGAUUUUUUCUACCAGCAGGUGUUACCAGAUGGUAAUCUAAGUGAAGAGGCUCUGAAAGUUUCACCUGCGUCUAGACCAAGUGACCAGAAGACUGGGAUACUCUCAGUACCUGCUAGUUCCUACUCACAUAGAGAGAAACCUAGUAUUUUCUACCCACAAGCCUUGCCCGGCAGUCAUCUAUCUGAAGAGGCUCUGAAAGAUUCAGCUAUUUCUGGACUAGCUGAUCAGAAGACUGGGACAUCAGAACCUUCUGGUUCCUACUCACAUAGAGAGAAAUCCAGUGUUUUCUACCAACAGGAGUUGCCAGAUAGUCAUCUAACUGGAGAGGCUCAGAAAGUUUCAGGUGUUACUGGAACAGGUGACCAGAAGACUGGGAUACCUAUAGUAACCUCUGCUUCCUACUUACAUAAAGAGAAGCCCACUAUUUUCUACCAGCAGGCCUUACCAGAUAGAUAUCUUACUGAAGAGGCUCUGAAUGUUUCAACUGCUCCCAGACCAACUGACCAGAAGACUGGGAUACCUGCAGUACCAUCUAGUUCCUAUUCAUAUAGAGAGAAGCCCAUCAUUUCUUACCAGCAAGAGUUGCCAGAUCUUACUCAACUGGCUUUAAAAGUUUUAGAGGUUCCUGGACCAGCUGACCAGAAGAUUGGGAUACCAGCAAUAAUCUCUACUUCUUCCUCAUAUGGAGAGAAGCCCAUCAUUUCUUACCAGCAAGAGUUGCCAGAUCCUAAUGAAGAUGCUUUAAAACGUUUAGAGCUUCCUGGACAAGCAGACCAGACCACUGGGAUGCGAAUUGUGCCCCCUACUUCCUAUUCACAUAGAGAGAGCCCCAUCUUUUCUUACCAGAAGGAGUUGCCAGAUAUUACUGAAGAAACUUUGAAAGUUUCAGCUGUUCCUGGACCAGCUGACCAGAAGAUUGGGAUACCAGCAAUAAUCUCUACUUCUUCCUCAUAUGGAGAGAAGCCCAUCAUUUCUUACCAGCAAGAGUUGCCAGAUCCUAAUGAAGAUGCUUUAAAACGUUUAGAGCUUCCUGGACAAGCAGACCAGACCACUGGGAUGCGAAUUGUGCCCCCUACUUCCUAUUCACAUAGAGAGAGCCCCAUCUUUUCUUACCAGAAGGAGUUGCCAGAUAUUACUGAAGAAACUUUGAAAGUUUCAGCUGUUCCUGGACCAGCUGACCAGAAGAUUGGGAUACCAGCAAUAAUCUCUACUUCUUCCUCAUAUGGAGAGAAGCCCAUCAUUUCUUACCAGCAAGAGUUGCCAGAUACUACUGAAGAAACUUUAAAAGUUUUUGCUCUUCCUGGAGCAGCUGACCAGAACGCUGAGAUACCAACAGGGCCUUCUAGUUCUUACUCACAUAAAGAGAAACUCAAGAUUUUACCAGAUGACCAGAAGGCUGAGUUACUGUCAGCUCCCCUUAGUUCCUACUCACAUAGAGAAAAGCCUAAGACUUCAACUGUGAUUGGACCAGACGACCAGAAGACUCCAUUACUGACAGGUUUUCCUAAUUCUUAUUCUCAGAGAGUAAAGCCCAGUAUUUUCUUUCAACAGCAGUUGCCAGAUAGACAUCAAAGUGGAGAUAUUCUGAAGAUUUCACCUGUUUCUGAAUCAACUGAUGUGAAUUCUUGGAUACAAAUACCUCUUUCUAGUUCCUCUUCACACAGAGAGAAAUCUAAUAUUUUCUACCCAAAGGAAUUGCCAGACAAACAUCCCACUGAAGAUUCACUGAAGGUUUCAACAGUUCCUGGACCAGCUGACCAAAAAACUGUGUUACCAGCAGUUCCUCCUAGUUCCUUUUCACAUAGAGAGAAACCAGUUCUUUUCUACCAACAGGAUUUGCCAGAAAGACAUCUAACUGAAAAUAACCUGAAGUUCUCAAGUAGUCUUGGGCAAGCUGGUCAGAUUACUGGGUUAUCAACAGUUCCCCCUAGUACUUAUUCACAUAGUGAGAAGCACAAACUUGUUUCAGACCAUGUCCAAACGCUGAUAGAUAAUUUGGAUUCUUCUAACGCCAGUGUUAUCUCAAACAACAUGCCUUUAAAUUCUCAGGCUGAUGGUAGAAUUGUAAUAAAUAAGCCAGAAUCUUCAGGUUUUGAAGAUGUUGGCUCUAAGGAAAUCCAGGAUACAGAAAACAGUUCCAAAACUCUUAAAGAGAUUCAGUCACUUUUAAUGGAAGCAGAAAAUGUAGCACUGAGACGAUGCAAUUUUCCUGUUCCCCUUGUCCCUUUCAGAGAUGUUAGUGAUAUUUCAUUUAUACAAUCUAAGAAGGUGGUUUGCUUCAAAGAACCCCCCACAACUGAUGCAUCUAAUGGUGAUUUGUCUCAGAGACAGCCAUUCACAGAAGAAAGCCCAAGCAGCAAGUGCAUACAGAAGGAUAUUAGCACACAGACGAAUCUGAAAUGCCAGAGAGGCAUUGAAAAUUGGGAGUUUAUUAGUUCAACUACAGUUAGAAGUCCUUUAAAGGAAGCAGAAAGCAAAGCCAGAGUGGCAUUAGACGAGACCCUUAGGCAAUAUAAAGCAGCCAGAUCUGUAAUGAGAUCUGACCCUGGAGGGUAUAGUAGAACCAUUGAGAAUAAGAUUGUUAUUCCUAUGAUGACUGUCAUUAAAAGUGAUUCAAGUAGUGAUGCAAGUUCCUGCUCAUGGGACAGUAAUUCCUUGGAGUCAGUUUCUGAUGUGCUUCUAAACUUCUUUCCAUAUUCUUCACCCAAGACAAGCAUGACAGAUAGCAAAGAGGAAGAGAGUGUGUUAGAGAGUGACGAUGGCAGUGGUAGCAGUGUAGAUUCACUGGCUGCACAUGUGAAAAACCUUCUGAAAUGUGAAUCCUCAUUGAACCAUGCUAAACAAAUACUCAGAAAUGCAGAGGAGGAGGAAUCUCGGGUACGGGCACGAGCCUGGAAUCUGAAGUUUAAUAUGGCUCAUGAGUGUGGCUACUCCAUUUCAGAAAUAAAUGAAGAUGACAGGAGAAAAGUAGAAGAGAUCAAAGCAAAGUUGUUUGGUCAUGGGAGAACAACUGACUUGCCCAAGGGUUUACAGAGUCCACAGGGGAUAGAAUGCAAGCCAGAAGCUGUAUGUAGUCACAUUAUUAUUGAGAGCCAUGAAAAAGGAUGUUUCAGGACUCUAACAGCUGAACGGCCACAAUUGGACAGCCACCCUUGUGUUUUCAGAUCUGCUGAACCCUCAGAAAUGAUCAGAGGACAACGGAGCCCAUCAUCAUGGACAACUGGGCACAUCAACCUUGCCAAAUCACUGGACCAGAACAACUCCCAUUUCAAAGUUUGGAAUUCAUUGCAGUUACAAAGUCAUUCCCCAUUUCAAAACUUUAUAGGUGAUGACUUGAAAAUUAGCAAGGGUCUUCGAAUGCCAUUCCGUGAAAAGUUGGACCCUUGGCUAUCAGAAUUAGUAGAACCUGCUUGUAUGCCACCUGAAGAAAUGGAUUGUCAGUCGUCAUCACAAAUGCUGCCCCCAGAACCCAUGAAAAAGUUUACUACCUCCAUCAUUUUCUCAUCUCACCGACAUUCUAAAUGCUUUUCAGAUUCCUCUUUUCUUAAGGUUGGUGUUACUGAAGGUAGCCAGUGUACUGGAGCAUCUGUGGGGCUAGUUAGUUCUCAUAUCACUGAAGAGCAAAAUCCUACUAGAGAUCUAAAAGAGAAAACCUCUUCCCCUUCAUCAUUUAAAAUCAUUAGUCAGUCACCAGAUAAAGCUGUGACUAUUUUAGCAGAAAAUAGUAGGCAAAGCCAAAAAUUAUCUGUUGCACAUUCUCACCAAGAAGAAAAACCCUUAGAAAGAUCAGAUUGUAAAGGCAGUCAUUCUAAGCCCAGUACCAGUGCAAAUGAUAGCAAUUUCAAGGAAGUUCAUUUUUCUGAUAACGAUACUCUCAUUAACAUGGGCAGACCCAGUUCCACACUAGGAGUAAAAGAGAAGAAUGUAACUAUAACUCCAGAUCUUCCUUCGAACAUUUUUCUUGAACAAGAGCUCUUUGAACAAAGCAAAGCCUCACAUGCAGAUCACCGUGUGAGAAAACACAAUUCUCCCCCUCCUCAACAUCAGGAUUAUGUAGCUGCAAAUCUCCCUUGUCGUGUUUUUCUUGAAAAACGAGAACUCUUUAAACAAAGCAAGACCCAACAUAAAGAUAAUCAGUUGAGAGAAAACCACUCUCCCCUUCCUCAAAGUCAGGAUUAUAUAGCUUCAGACCUUCCUUCUCGCAUUUUUCUUGAACAACGUCAGCUCUUUGAACAAAGCAAAGCCCCAGAUGUAGAUCACCACAUGGGAGAACACCAUUCUUCCUUUCCUCAAGGUCAGGAUUAUAUAGUAGAAAAGAAUAAUGAACAUGAGCCUAAAUUACACAUUUCUGAUAUGAUAAAUGUUGAAGGCAAAUUCAGUGAUGUGGCCUCCCCAUCAGCCCCAAAUCAAUGUACAGUAGUAACAUCUGCAUCUACUCCACCUUCAAAUAGAAAAGCACUUUCUUGUGUUCGUAUAACUCUUUGUCCCAAGACUCCUUCCAAGUUGGAUAGUGGAACCUUAGAUAAAAGAUUUCAUUCAUUGCAUCCUGCCUCUAAAACAAGGAUGAAUAGUGAGUUUAACUCUGACCUACAGACUAUAUCUUCAGAAUCACUGGAACCAACCUCCAAAUUAUUGACCAGUAAACCUGUAGCACAGGAUCAAGAAUCUUUAGGUUUUCUAGGACCUAAAUCUUCACCGGACUUCCAAGUUGUACAGUCUCCUCUUCCAGAUAGUGAUAUUAUUUCCCAGGACUUGAAAACCAUACCUUUUCAGAAUAACCAGAUAGUAACCUCAAGGCAAACACAAGUGAACAUUUCAGAUUUGGAAGGAUAUUCCAAUCCAGAAGGGACUCCAGUAUCUGCAGUUCGAUCACCAAAGGAGACUAAGACCCCGUUUUCUCCCUUCUCUGGAAAAUUAUCGUCUGAUGCAGUCACUCAGAUAACAACAGAAAGUCCAAGAAAAGCCAUGUUUUCAUCUGAGAUUUUUGUUAAUGCUGAAGAUCGUGGACAUGAUAUUCCAGAGCUCAGUACACGGAAGUUGGGCAAAGUUCCUGUCAAGUUUCCUUCAUCGUCUUCAGUCCAACAGAUUACUGUUCCUCAUGGCACAGAUGGCCAGCCUUUACUGUUGCCAUAUAAGCCUUCUGGUAGUACGAAGAUGUACUAUGUUCCCCAAUUAAGACAGAUUCCUUCAUCUCUGGAUUCCAAGUCAGACACCACCAUUGAGAGCUCACACUCAGGAUCCAAUGAUGCCAUUGCUCCAGACUUCCCGGCUCAGGUGCUAGGCACAAGGGAUGAUGACCUGGCAGACACUGUUAACAUUAAACAUAAAGAGGGAAUCUACAGUAAGAGGGUGGUAACUAAGGCAUCCUUGUCAAUGGGGAAAAAACCCUUUCAGAAAGAUAAUGCAGAUGCUCAAGUUCAAGUUCUUACCACAGGGGAUGAGGACCUCUCAGACAAAAACCAGAAAAAGGAGAUCUACAGUGAAAGGGCAGUGACCGAGGCUUCUCGAUCUGAAGAAAAAGAAUCCUUGCAGAAAGACAUUACAGGUUCCAGUGCUGCUGCUGCUUCAGAGCAGUCAGCUCAACUACAAGACACGAAGAUUGUUAGUCUACCAGACACUAAAGCCACUAAACAGAAAGAGGAGAUCCACAGUAAGAGGACAGUUCCUAAGGAAGGCUGGCCCGAAGAGAAGAAAUCCUUGCAAAUAGAUAUUGCAGAGUCCAGAUGUCAUUCAGAAUUUGAAAAUACCACCCAUUCUGUCUUCAGGUCAGCUAAGUUUUACUUUCAUCAUCCAGUGCACCUACCAAGUGAUCAAGAUUUUUGCCAUGAAUCCUUAGGAAGAAGAGUUUUCAUGAGUCAUUCUUGGAAAGAUUCCUUUCAGCAUCAUCCAGACAAACAAAGAGAACACACUUGUCUUCCUUCCUCUUAUCAAAAUGUGGCAAAGACAAAGUCAGAUUAUACCACAAUAGAGAGCCUCAGUAUCAAUGUAAACUUGGAAAACAAAGAAGUAAAGCAUACUACUAAAAGUCAGGCUAGAGAUUUUCUAAAAUAUGACAAACAAGUUAAUGACCUAAAAAGGGAUCAUAAGGCCACCCCAGAGUUAACAGCUCAGCACACUGUGAGUUUAAAUGAACUCUGGAACAGGUAUCAGGAGCGACAGAGGCAACAGAAACCUCCUGAGUUCAGUGCCAAGAAGGAACUUUCCUUGGUGGAGCGACUUGAUCAUUUGGCUAAACUUCUUCAGCAUCCCAUCACACAUUUUCUCCAGCCCUCAGAAAGUACACAGGAUGAUAGCAAAGGGAAACAAGAUGUUAAGGAAUGGAGUGGUAGACAGCAACAGCAGAAAAACAAGCUUCAGAAAAAGAAACAGUAUAAAAGCCUGGAGAAAUGCCAUAGAAACACAGGAGAUCUUAAAAAAAACAAGAUUCUUUCUACUCAUCAAGCUGGGAGGUCCAAUCAGAUUAAAAUUGAACAGAUUAAAUUUGAUAAAUAUAUUUUGAGAAAACUGCCAGGUUUUCAUUAUAUAAAUAACACUUCUUCAGAUUCUAGACACUCAGAGGAGAGUGAGCUGCUCACAGAUACUGCCACCAACAUCCUUUCCACCACCACUUCUGUGGAAUCAGAUAUAUUGACCCAAACAGAUAAGGAAGUGACUCUGCAUGAGAGGAGCAGCUCUAUUUCCACCAUUGAUACUGCCCGACUGAUCCAUGCUUUUGGUCAUGAAAGAGUUUGUUUGUCACCCAGGCGAAUUAAAUUAUACAGCAGCAUCACCGACCAUCAGAGGAGAUACCUUGAGAAGCGGAGCAAGAAAAACAAGAAACCAUUGAAUACAGGUUAUCCCCAAAUUACUUCAGAACACACCAGAAGGAAACACGUCCAGGUGACAGACCAUAUUUCUUCUGACUCUGUUUCGUCUUCUACCAGCAGUUUCUGGAGCUCGAGCUCUACCCUUUGCAACAAGCAAAAUGUACAUAUGUUAAAUAAGGGCAUACAAGCAGGUACGUUGGAGAUUGUGAAUGGUGUCAGAAAACACACUCGAGAUGUUGGAAUGACUUUCCCAACUCCAAGUUCUAGCGAGGCUAGAGUAGAAGAGGACAGUGAUGUGACUUCUUGGUCAGAAGAAAAGAUAGAAGAGAAAAGGCUCCUUACCAGUUAUCCUGGGGACAGAAAGUUAAGGAAGAAUAAGCAGAGCUGCUGGGAAGGAGUUUCAUGGUUUGUUCCUGUGGAAAAUGUGAAGUCUGGUCCUAAGAAGGAAAACCUGCCCAAGUUUCAUGGCCCUGGUGUCUCCUGGUUUGCACCAGUAACCAACACCACACCUUGGAGGGAGCCACUACAGGAACAGAACUGGCAAGGACAGCACGUGGACAGCCACAGUUCACUAGCAGGCCCAGGCAGAGAUCCACUGAAGCCAUUUGUGAGAGCAACCCUACAGGAAUCACUGCAACUUCACAGACCUGACUUCAUCUCCCGCUCUGGGGAACGGAUAAAGCGCCUGAAGUUAGUAGUCCAGGAGAGGAAGCUGCAGAACAUGUUACAGAGUGAACGGGAGGCACUGUUCAACACUGUGCGAGAAUGGCAGGGCCACCGGGACGCCAUGCACCUGCUCCCUAAGAGAGGCUUCCUGGCUGCCCAAAAGAAAAGGCCUGUUGGAAAGAAGGAAAUGAUUCAGCGGUCUAAAUGGAUUUAUGAACAGCUUCCAGAAGUACAGAAAAAGAGAGAAGAGGAGAAGAGGAGAUUGGAAUAUAAGUCGUACCGGCUGCGAGCCCAGCUAUAUAAAAAGAAAUUGACCAAUCAACUCUUGGGGAGAAAAGUUCCUUGGAACUGACAUAAGAAUAUUUUCCUCAGAGCCUUGGAAUUAUAUUUUAUCAGCCUGGAGGAGCACAAUUCUUACUUUUAUGAGUCUGGUUUAAUAAAACUUAUCUUGUUGUCCAUGUGUAA